UGCGAGCGCUGAUCGCGUUCGGAGCGGUUGUUCGGCGUGAACGGUUCCAUCUCGUUUUUCUGGUUCGACGCGGUGGUCUUUCUGGGGCGAAAGACGGCGACCGACACGAACGCCGGUCGUUGCCACUGUCUUAUUAUUAUUUUUUUUCCUUCGGGUUUUUUGAAUUUUCCUCUCUCUCUCUCUCUCUCUCUCUCUCUCUCUCUCUGUCUCCCCCCGCUCCCUCCUUCACCCCAUCCUUUUUUUCUUCUCGAACGUCCAGGUUCGUGUCAGUCGAGAACGUAGAAAAAUAAAAAAAAAAUAUAAAAGUGGGGGAAGGUCAGUUGUUUACUGUCUAUCGUUAACAUCUCCCGCCUCCCCCACCGGCGACUGUUCGUACGUGCUUUGCCAGGAGACAGGAGGGGAAAAAAAAUAAAAGACUGCAUAGCUAUAUAUCCACUUCUGGGUUCAGGGAUUACCGUCUGGCGCGGAGUGUUGAAGUGUGUCUGGACGAGUUUUUUUUUUAUUUAACAGUGAGUGAUGUAGCAUCAAACUGCAGUCAGUGUGUGUUUUUAACCUCGGACGUGGUUUUUUUUUUUGGAUUUCUCCCAAGUCUCGCCCAGUGCCCAAUCAGGAUGCCGUAACUUCUGGAUUAUAUACCAUGGCGCAAAUGAACACAUCGUGGAUGCUUCCUAAUCAGAGGUCGUUCUGAAUCAUCCGUGACGACUACAAGCGCGUGCUGCAAAGGAAAGUGAAUACAGCAGCCGAUCACUCGACUUCAGUUUCCCGGAAGGACCACCGCAGAUUACCAAUGUAGCCCGCCUUACGAACAAUUAUCGAGUGCUGGAACGGCCGCCAUGACGACGGAGAUCCCGGUGUGGGUGGACAGCCGCCAGCGCUGGGUGGCCGGCGUGGGCCGCAAGACCACGUGCGACGAGGUGAUCGCCGUUCUGCUGGGCGGGGACAAGCUGCCGGAGCUGCGCCGCCAGGGCUACGCCAUCAUGGAGCGGUGGCGGCGCGUGGAGCGGCCCCUGGACGGCCGGUCGCGCAUCCUGCGCGUGUGGGAGGCGUGGGGCGACGAGCGCGGCGAGGUGCGGCUCACGCUCAAGCGGGUGGACUGGGAGGCGGACAGCGGCCGGGGCAGCCCCGUCGCCUCGUCGUCGGCGCGCCGCAGGAAGCACAGGCCGGGCAAGCUGCCCUGGCCCGCCUGCCACGAGACGCUGCACCCGCGCCGGCUGGCCCAGCUGCAACGCCACCACCACCACCCGGCGGACAGCUCCCAGCUGCCGGAGACCAUCGAGAGGCUGAUGCGGCUGAUCCUCGCCCAGGGCCAGACCCUCCGAUACCAGCUGCGGAGGAUCCAGGACCGCGAGCGGCAGAUCGAGACCCUAGAGGGCGAGACGCACCGGGCCCGCGUCGAGGAGCUGGGCUCGGACUACCUGCUGGAGACGUACCUGGGGGCCGGCGAGGCGGAGGAGGAGGUGGACGACAGCGGGGUGGCCACGGACCAGGCCGCCUCCGCCGCCCCCGGGGGCGGAGACCCGGCGCCGACGAGGCUGCGCGACCUCCGGGCCCGGGUCGACCUGCUGGAGAGGCUGGUGAGGCUCAACCGACGGCUGGAGCGCGAGGAGGAGAGCCUGGCGAGGCUGCACGCGCGGCUGGGGCGGCUCCCGGGGGCGGCGCUCAGGCUCCUCCCGGACGAGGAGUGGGACGAGGACGCCCGCCGCUCCCGGCUGGAGCUGCUGGAGGCGCUGGAGGCGGCCCGCGACGAGCAGGUGAGGCGGGCGGCCGAGCUGGAAGGCACCGCGCUGGCUCUCGCCGAGACGGACGAGCUUCUGGAGGCAAGGCGCUGCUACCUGCGGAGGCUCCAGGCCGAGCUGGAGGCGGCCGAGGCCCCCGCGGGGGCGGGGGCGGGGGCGGCGUCGUCGAGUUCCCCGGCGCCGCACACCGACACCGACUCCAACUCCGACACGGGGCUCAGCUCGCUGCACAGCAGCAGCGAGGAGGGCGUGUACGUGCUAGACACUCUUGUCUGACGGCGGGCUCCCCUCGUCGCCCCGUCGCCGUUCCACCACUGUCCCCUCGCGGUCGAAUCUGGGAACAAUAUCUACGGAAGGCAAGUACCAUCGAGACACACCAAGGGUUCAGAAACACGAAACAACCAGGCUGCGCUCGGGCUUGAAUCAUCCCGAGCACCCGUGUGUACCCGCGUCGCGCCGUUCCACCGCUCCACCUCUUCUGUACCUGCUGUCCCCUCUCGCAGUCAAAUCUGGGAACAAUAUCUAUUGAAGGCAAGUACCAUCAAGACACACCAAGGGUUCAGAAACGAAACAACCAGGCUGCACUCGGCUUGAAUCAUCCCGAGCGCCCGUGUGUACCCGUGUCACGCCGUUCCACCGGCUCCACCUCUUCUGUACAUGCUGUCCCCUCUCGCAGUCAAACUGGGAACAAUAUCUAUGGAAGGCAAGUACCCUCCAGACACACCAAGGGUUCAGAAACGAAACACCAGGCUGCGCUCGGCUUGAAUCAUCCCGAGCGCCCGUUAGACUGCAGUGUGUGCCCGCGUCACGCCAUUACACCGGCUCCACCUCUUCUGUACCUGCUGUCCCCUCGCGCAGUCAGAUCUGAAACAAAUCUGCAAAAAAAUGUUUAUGGAAGGCAAGUACCAUCAAGACACACUAAGGGUUCAGGUACAAAAAUAAUUUUUAUUGCGCUCCUCCACCCCCCCCCCCCCUCCCCCCCCCAUUUUACCAAAUCAUUCUCAAAUUACUUAAUGUAAAACUUUUCAAACCUUUUUUCAGUAAAAGAAAAAAAAAAUUCUGAUAAAAUCUACAAAAUGUAAACUGUUAAAUGUGAUCUGUACGUAUCUCGUUGCCUACUUUAAAAAGUUUCCCUAUGAAUUUUUGUCAACAAUUUUAGCUUUUGUAAUUUUUUUCGUUGUGACAGAGUAAAUCCAAGGCAUUAAAAAAAAAUUUUUUUUUUUUUGAAACUCAACUGGGAUCAUGGGGAAUUUUACCCUCACCCCUCCCUCCCCCCAUCAUCGAACCCAAGCCUUUUUCUCGAUGAGCCUGAUAGUAUAUACACUACAAUCGUAUACUGUACGCGAACUUAAGAAAGAUUAUUGUACUUAUUUUAAGGUACUGUUGAAAGAAAAAACACGUUUCAAGUAGUGCGCUCACUUGAAAAAAAAUAACUCGAGAAUAAAAAGUUAUACUUAGGUCCCAAAUCUUGGUCCACAAAUAGACUGAAUGUUGUUUGCGAGCUCUAAAAAUGCAAUGCAAUGUGGUUGCACGACCUUUUAACUAUUAUUAAUUAGAUCACACUUUUAGCUGAAAAACUGGUAACAAAAUUUAAACUUAAACAUGUAAUGCAAGAGACCCAGUGUGUUAAAUUUAAAGAGGAUGGACACUUAAUGACAGUAAUGACCAAGAAAAUAAAUAACCAAAUGGAACAUGCGACCAAGCCUUAAGAAGCCUACCAACAUAGACACACAACCAUUCGCCGAUAUAAGGUUUAACAUGUUAAAUAACGUUCAGCGUGAUACAGCCAUUUUCCACAAUAGUAUCUCUUUCGAACAAGAACAGCACCAAGAAUUGCAACAAGAAGAAUAUUAAAUAUAAAAUUAUUAAAACAUAAUGGCAGGUUUAAGUCCCUAUAACAAUAGGGACAAAGGUCUGAGAUCCAAGCUUUAAUUAAGAAGUGAUGUGGUAUGACAUAAACACACACACACUGCUAGGUGUAUCCCUUAAACACCACGCAAAAUAGUACACAGAAACACAUGUCUUUAAUAACUUUUUUGAACUUUUUUUAACUUUUUCGUUCAAAAGGCUGAAAAACGCCUAAUAAUAUUAAACACGUAAAUUCCUAUCCCAGCACUAAGCUAAGUGCCCAGGUAGUUCGGACCAGCAUGGCUGUUCACAAGUGCCUGAAAUAAAUUUCAUUGAUCUGUUACAUGAAUUUUUAGUUUUAUGAUAUCAUACUAACAAGUUUACAGUGUACAAUUCCUUUUAACGUGUACUUAAUGUUGGCAUUCAAAAUGUGUAACAGCCUUAAGGCUCCCAUCUGACUGGUUUGGCUUUUUUUUUUUUCAAUUACAAACUAAAGAAACUUUCACUGCUCUUUGAGAGAAAAAAAUACUUAACAGAGAACAUAAAAACAAUUUUUUAUUUUAAAUCUGGAUGUAAGGAAAUAAAGGGCAGGAACAUGACUUUAGGUUACCAUUAUGCCAUUAAGGAGAUACUUUCCUUUGUUAUUUUGCUUCAGAAGUUUGUGUUUUGGCCCGUAAUUAAAAAUUAAUUCAUAAUAUAGCCAGUUUUUUAAAUGAAAAUCAUGGACAGAAGUGAAACUUCUUUGGAAAUUCAAACCUCCACUCCUAAGUGUAUUGCAAGGGAUAAAAUAGCAGAAAGAGAGAAAGAGAGAAACAAGACAAUUUUCUAAAUUUCAAACUGUUGAAAUACUCACGCCAUAAAGAAAAACUGCGCAUGUUACUGUUCGUUCAAAACAAUUCUGCCACUUGGAACACGCCAAACCUCUGAAAGAAAUAUGAAAUUCAUAAACAGGUAGCGCCACCUAUGCAGGAAAUGCAGGGACUGUCUCAACAGCGCUCUCUACGCUGCUGGUUGAAAAACGAAGAACUCGAGCACGCUGGUAGCAAAUAUAAAAUUCAAAGCAUUCACCGCUGACUGCAUAGAAUACCUACCUAUAUCUAUUUUCUGAAAUAAAUGCAUGAGCACAUACUCUGUCUUAUUCUUUCGUACAUCUAUCUCUCUAUGUUCUAUUUUUUUUUCUUGGCGGGGUCAAAUCAUUGCACAAAGAGAAGAAUAAAAAUGAGCCCAACAACGUACAUUGUUCUCUCUUAGUAUCUAUUUAGCCAAGUAGCUAUUCUCUGCCCUUUUGGCAUCAGAAACGUUUCACAACAAUUUUUCACGAAAACUUUGCAUUAAAAUUAUUUGGCCUUGGAAUUUUACUCUCAUCGCGUCCAAAGAAGGUUUCACUUCAUAAAUAAUAAAGAAGCAAAAUAACUUGAGGAGACAACCCCCUUAACUGGUUAUUGUGAACACUUUUAAGUCGUACAGAGACGAGCGGGCAACCAAAAAAGACCAAAUGUUUAAAGUCCUAGUGCGUAAAGUUCACUACGCGUCUGUUGCGUGGAACAACUUGGCCCUUGUGUACUAACUCCACGCGAAGCAACCCCCCCAGCAAGACGGCACCCUUAAAAACCUGUUUCUCAGAUUGCAUUCUUGGCGAACAUGAAUUUUGGUCAAUAUUCACCAUACUUUGUAUCAAAUCAUUCACUACACCAAAAAUGUACCUUAGUUCAAAGUGAUUAUAUAAACAUAUAUAUUUUAAUCGUGAUUAACUAUGUGUCUUCUUUACAAUUACUGCUGAGCAAGUGUUUAUUACAGAAGUCAUUGAUUCUGGAAGAGAAAGAAGUAUCAAACGUACACUGCCACAAAUUAAUUUUGUAAUCAUGUUUACUGAAUGACAUUCAGUUAAUUUACCAUACCUACUAUAUGUUUACCCUUAAUAUUAUUUUCCACGUAAAUAUCUCUAAUAUUUGUAUGUAAAUAAAAUGAAUGUGUUUAAAAUAGCAUUUUACAUAUCUAACGAAAUCGGUAGCUUGCUGUACAGUUUAUUUUUCCUGAUCUCUUAUGUUUUGUUGAAAUGUUGUUUAUGUAGUUUCAAAAAAUUUACUUUGUAUUUACAUAAAGAAACAUAUUUAUUUAAAAUGCCUUCUCUACACUAUUUCUUAUAUUAAAUGUAUAUUUUUUCUAUUUUUUUUUUCUGAUUAAAGUUACAGUGUUUUAUGGCUACCAACUUGCUAAAAUAGUUUUAAAGGGUCUUUCUAUACAUUUGUAACAAACUAUUUAUCUUAUAUAUACCUAUGUAUAAUACUAAUGUGUAUAUUGUGUGUCAAAAUUACCAAAGUUAUUGCUAAUAAAUACAAGAUGUUUUAGUUAA